CCGCAGCCGCCGCUGCCCCGGUUCCUGCCCGGGGCGGGAAGAGGCGGCGGGGAUCCUUUCAGGGAGGCGGGUCUGCCCCUCGCUCCCGAGGGCGGCCUGCAGGCGGAGGCGGCUCCCGGGUCCUCCCCUCGUCGCCGCCGGUGGCCCUUUUGGGAGACGGGGUUUGUCUUCGGCAGCGCCGCUCCUGAAGAGGCGGAAGGCCGUACCCGCGCAGUGUUCCUCAGCGGCUGUCCCGGCACGACAAUUUAGCUUGACACUGCUGAGAAGAGAUGCAAUCCCCCUCCUUCCAUCUCUCCCAUACAUCUCCAUCACUUCCACUGCUACACUACUCCUUCUUGAGGGCAAUGGCAAUCUUUGCAAACUGUGUGUUCUUUAUUAAAGUGAAAUACUUACCCAUUCAGGGGAAGAGCGGGCUGAAAGUGUCCAUAAAAGAAAAUGGUGGAGGAAUUAAUUUUGUGCUUAAUCACAAGACUACACAUGUUCUUGUGAAUACUGCUGAUGUCCUCUGCUGUCAUGAUCUAAGAAAUAUUCAGAAGUAUCAGCUCCCUGUUUUAUGUGCAGAUUUCACUUGGAAAUCAGUUGAAAAGGGGGAACUUUUACAGAUUGAUGCAUAUAAGGUUAAUAAAUCACAAGGUGAUGCUUCUGACCAAAGGCCAGUGUCACGACCCGAUCAGCAAGCUACCCUGGGUGGUGUGGAAGACCUCUCAUCUGCUGAAAAUAAAAAUGCCACAAAGAAAAAUGCAAACAAUUCCAACCUUACUGUUAUUGAAGACAGUGAGAGAAGAAUUGAGUCCAAAGUGGGCACUCUCAGAUUUUACAGUGAAAAUGAUCAAGAUACUCCUUUUUUCCCCCAAGAUUUUGAAGUUGCAAAAUACAGUGUCCUUGAAAAAAUAAGCCUUUCUGUUAUUGUUAACUCCAAGGAAAGCAAAGAUUUUGUAGUUAUUGAAUUACAGUGUUGCCACUUCAGUGUUCGCUUCAGUGCAUCAAAUGUAACAAAGAAUAAUAAACAGUUCGUAACUAAUACUGCUGAAGAAAUAAGAGAAAAGUACAAGUCUUUUAUUGCAGACUUGAAGAGCCAGGAUUUCCUGCUCAGAGAUUUUCCACCAGAAGCAGAAUCUGUAGCUUCUACAAAAUUGCAAAAGUUACUUCUAGAAGAAGCCAUCCAUUCAAGUGCUGUAUGUCAGGAAGUUAGUGAUUUUGUGGAAUUGAUCUGGGCAGGAGCUGUUGGGCAUCUGGAUAGUUUACUACUUGAAUCAGUAAACAACAUAAGCCUAAAUGAUGUAAGUUAAUUUUUCAAAGCAGAAGGUAUUUUACUCCAAGUAAAGAAUUCACUGGAUGAGGGAGCUGGCGAGGUGGCACUACAAGAGAUGAUGAUGGAAUUCUAUCAAGUUAUACGUCACGAAACUGAAACAGACUAUAAAGUUUCCAAAAAGCUGUUACCUAGAAAACAGGACCUGUGUCAGUUCACUUUUCCAGAUUGCUGCAGCAGUAUUAAGUAUUCUUCACCCAGUGAAAUGGAUGGAACCCAGCUCCUGGCAGUUUGUGAUGUGGCACUUGGAUCCUGCUCAGAUUUGUAUGAACAAGAUUAUUCAUUAAAUAAUGCACCAUCAGGUUAUGACAGUGUGCGUGGAGUCCGUAAAACAGCAGACAUCUCUUCAGACUUUGAGGGUGAUGAAUAUGUUGUGUAUAAAACCUGUCAGGUUAAAAUUAGGUAUGUUGCUAAGUUUUGCCUUGCUGAAGAUCAAAAAAAAACAUUUCAGCCUGCAGAUGAGGUGUAAGUGGAGCAAGAUAGCAAUAAGCCAGAGUCGCACUGUCAUUUACAGUAUGAGAGCUAUGAAUUACCAAAUGCAAAUCUUUCAAAUCUGGUAAAACUCUUCUUCAGGACAGAUACAGUAAAAAAGAUUUGUGUUAAACAAGUAAAACCACAGAAAAAUGGAUUUUCUGUGGAUAUGUCUAUUGAGAUGCCAUCUAGUAUUGAACGCAUACAUAGUUGGACACAUAAACUUAAAAUAAAGAAAACAAACUGCAAGGCUAUAAUCAAGACUGUGGAGAGUAGCUCCUUGGACAUUAGCAGCUUUGUUCUAGAUAUCUGGAUUUCUCAUGUCUACCUACCUCGAAUGUGGGUAGAGAAGCAUCCCAACAAAAUGAGUGAGACGAGAAUCCAGUGCUGUUUGCAGAAGAGUGAAUUAGAUAAGAACAUGAAACCACAAAAUUCUUUUUUCAGUUUUUUGUGUGAGACCUGGCAUACAGCUUGUAUGCUUGUAUUCCAACCAGAGCUUGAAACAGCAUUUGAAGAAGAGCAGCUGUCCAGUAAAAUUAUUAUUUUAUUAGAUUGCUUGAAUUCUAUGGCAGGUUCAGCUCUACACCAAGCAAAGCAGAUUGCUUUACGUGUGUUGGAACUAUUUUGUUUCAGACAAAGAGUGAAUGUGGUCAAAUUUGGCACAAAUUUCACAGAAUUUUGUUCUUUUUCCAUGAACAUCACAAAUGAUUUGGCAUCACUGAAGGAGUUAUUACAUGGCUGUAUGGGUAAUGUUGGUAAGAUUCUUAGUGAACAUUAUGCUCUCCAGGAACAACCAAGGUGCUUUGUAACAACAGAGAAAGAAAGGAUUCAACAGAGAAUUGAGUUGACUUCUGUAAACUGGAAGGAAAUUUUUGCGCUCCAAAAUCAGGAUGGCUCUUGGAAUCUCAGUCCACAGUUAGGAAAAAUCUUGACACUUGAUGUUGAUCAUUGGAUUAAUAAUUUCCUUAUUAGAAAAGGCAUUCAGUCACUUGGCAAAUACUUUUCUUAAUACCUACUGCGGUUGAUUGCUACUCUUCUUGUGCUACAGUCCAUAUGCUGCACAAAGGAACUGAAAGGGAUAGUUUUCAAAACACUGAUGAAACUGGAUGAUUCAUCUAAUUCAAGUGGUGUUCACUGGGCUUUUGAGUUGAUCAAGAGAGCAAUAGAGUGGGUAAGAAGAGUUGAGAGGUGAUUUCCAUCUAUUUGCUAUCGACUUGAACUUGGGAAAGACUGUGAUUCUGCUACCAGGAAAAAUACCGGGUAUCAAGUUUAUCUAACAUGAAUUCUCUUUCUACUUAAAAUAUUUAAUCACAUAAUUCUUUCAGUUAAUAGCAGAGUUAGCUUUCCUUGCAGUUUUAUAUAAAAAUGUUUAAAUUGAGGACAUUUGAUCUUAUAUUAUCACUGAAUAAUAAUUCUUACAGUCACAGACUUAAAGGUAGGGAAAUAAAGGGUCUUACAGUUAGUAAGUCUUGUUUUUAUAUAUAUCUAGUAUUUUACUUACCUGUAACUGUUAAAAAUACCUUAAUAUUUCAUUUUUUUAUAUUAAUCUCUUUGGUUCAUUGCACAUUAUAAAGGACUUUUAUAAUAUCUUUGUUUUGAUUUCUUCUAAAACCUUAUAUACUUCUUCAAUGGCACGGUAAAGAAAGCAUAAUGUAGCAAUUCAGUUAAAUAUGGCAGGAGAUGUUUUGACAGACACAAGAAUGUGACAAAGAACUAAUAAAUAUCUUCAUAUCAGUGUUUUCAAUUGGAUGGUUUUGUAAUUCCUACAGCGUGCCUUGUAACGCAAACAGCAGAACAGUUAUUUUUCUCCUGCACUGCUUUUCUUAUCGGUCAUACAUCAAUUUGUGAAUACAGAGGUCAGUUUUCUUAGGAGGAAUGAGUUCUCUCCUUUUGUUUUUUCCUGGUGUUACUCUGUAUUCUGAUUUUAUUCUGAUGAAAACCUAACUGAUUAGUUUUAUUUUAGACCAGACCAAACACUGAAGCCUAAUAACAAAACCAGACUAAAAGCAAUUCAGUUUAAUUUAAUGGGCUUUUCACAGGUGUUUGAAUGAACACACUACCUCUUCUAAAUCAAGGAGCUGCACAGAAUCACACUUUGGUACUUUGUGAUCUGAGGAAAUGUAGUUAAGACACUUCGUACAAUUGCUUGCACUGAGGCGGGAUCAACUGUGUACAGAACAUACUCUACACUUGUUUGUCCAAACAUUGGAAAUAUUCAGAAGCAGGAGAUAGAUUCCACAGCCACCACAGCUAAUGCGUUACACUGCCCUCGCAAACGGAGAACGCUCCCUGGCAGUAAUAGAGAAGUGUUGUAAGAGGUUACUAAGGAAAACUGUGGAAUCUCUUUCAUAGAUGUUUUCAUGAGAAUUUAAGCAAACAUCUGCCAAGGACAGAGUAGAUACGCUUGAUCUUGUAGAGGAGGUUGCUAAAAGGGAUAUCCUGAGGUCCUUCUGUUUCUAAGGUGCUCCGAGUCCUUGUUUUCACAUGUUUAAGAUACUGGCUCUUUUUAGUAAAAAUACAAAGGAAGGAUUUGUACUACACUUUCUAUUUGAGAAAAGCUAAGAUACGGGUUUCUUAAUAACUAGAAGAACUGUUUAAUGUAGACAAUUAUGAACUAGCUUCUGAAUCUGCUGUUAAGUCUUUGUAUGGUACUAGAGUUACCUUAGAAAGUAAGUGCUGGCAAAAAUAUGAAUAAAAGAAUAUUUUUUUUUCCUUCA